GAAACACUGCUUGUAAACUGUGUGCUGUGUCCUGUGCUUACUUGGUCAGCUUUAUAAUUUACACUGUGGAACAUCCUCGUUCAUGUGCAUCAUUCACAAUGGAAGACAGCGAAGGAUUUGAUGAUUUCCUGAAAAAUGUGGAUGCGAUAAGCGAGCUGGUGAAAGAGCUGUCUUCUGCUGACACGAGUAGCCACACCAAAGCUGUGGAGCGCGCGGACAGCUGGCUGGAGGCCUCUAAACGGAAGGCGCAUCAGAAAGGAGCCGUCAACCGGACUGUGAUUAACUCACGUAACCCAGCGGCAGCGACAGCCCAAGCGGACUUCCUCAGUGAUCCAGACACCAGUCAAGAGGCGUUCAUGAGGCUGCUGGAGAAGGAUGCUGAGGAGAGGAGGAAGAGCAGGAAAGCAAAGGAAGAGAAAUCCAACGCCCUGAAGGUCAGAGGCAACGUAGCCUUCUCUCAGGGGGACUAUCAGACUGCUGUGCAGCUCUACACGGAGGGACUGCUGCAGCUGCGAGAUAAGCAGGAGCUCUACACCAACCGGGCACAGGCGCUCAUCAAACUGCAGAGGUACACAGAGGCCAUCGCUGACUGUGAGUGGGCUUUAAAGUGUAAUGAGGAGUGUGUGAAGGCGUACGUGCACAUGGGUCGGGCGCAUCUCGGCCUUAAUCAGUAUGCAAAGGCGCGGGAGUGCUACAUAAGGAUCCUUGAGAUGGAGCCACAGCGAGAGGCCGUUGUGAAAGAUUAUUUAUUCCAGGUGGAGCUGGCGGAGCGCAGGGAGCAGGAGGAGCGAAGCGCGCAGGAGGAAUGUCAGAAGGAGCAGGAAGAGGCGGUGGAGGUGGUUUCCACGGCGACACAAGGGCUGCUGCAGCUCCUCCGGAAGCUGGACAAGCCUGAUGAAAUGAGCCUGUACUACUGCGGGGGAGUGGAGCUGCUGGCACACGCCAUCACUGACUGCACUGGGCAGACCAUCUUCAGGCUACAAAAAGGCUUCAGCAUCAUCAACGACAACCACACCAUCCUCAGAUGUCUCUUGCAGAAGUCUCAGGAUCCAUGUGCUGAAGACCUGUGCGUGGCUGUGUUGAAACUGUGGAAAGUCGUUUGCCAAGGAAAUGAGACGAAUCAACAGCUGUUGAUGGAGUGGGCUUGCGUGCGACAUGGUGUUGUGUCACUCUUGGCAUCCCCCUCGCUAGCGGUGCGGCGCGAGUGUGUGGCACUGCUGGCCACGUAUUCACACACCCGUUACGGACGAUGCCUGCUUCUGGACAACCUCGACUUGCACGUGUUAGUGAAGCACCUGAUGAAGUGUUUCUCCUGCCUGAGUGAUCUGGACACAAUGGUGCUGUCUGUGGUGGAGGGGCUGGCUCAGGAAAAGAAGUUCUGCCAGCAGAUGAGAGAAGAGGAGCUCCUCUCCUCUAUUGUCUCUCCAUUGACAUGUGCGCUGAAAAGCAUGUGUGGUCAGGAACAAAGCAGCCUCUCUUUCUACAUAUCUGUCAUUGGACGUCUGAUUCAUGACGCUGUCAUUCGUAAAACUCUAUCCAGCAGCCAGGAGUGCUGGGAAGCCUUCCUUGUUGCCAUGGAGGUGUGUAUCAGCCAUGAGAACAGAGAUGUGCUCUACUCACUCCUGGGUCUCAUGAUCAACCUCUCUUCUGACCACUCCCCAGCCAUCCAGGAGUGUGCUGUUCUGUGCUGCAGCAGGUGUUGUUCUCUGCUGACAGAUCCCAGCGGAGGAAUCAUCACGAGAGCAGUGGGUUUGUUGAGCAGACUUUUCCCCCAGUCCCCUGCUGCUGUUGAGGAAGCUGUGCAAUCUGGAGUUGUGAAGAAACUGCUGAAGAUCCUAAAGGCCCCAGGGCAGGACAGCACUAAGUACUCCAUCAGAGCGCUGGCUCAUUGCACAACGGUCAGCCACGACGCACGGACACAGCUCUGCACCCUGGACAAGAAGCUGCAAGUCCUGCGGCGUCUGGUGUGUGAGGGUGAGGCGUGUGUGGCGGGGAACGCUGCGCUGUGUGUGGGUCACUGCAUGUCGGUGCCUGGGGUGGCCCGUGGACUGCUGGAGACGGACUGCGUCCUGCUGCUGCUGCGCCAUGCUGCUGCCGAUGCAAAUGCUGAUGCCCUGCAGCGCAACGCUGCCAUCGCUCUCGCCAAGCUGUGCCAAGCUGAGCCCCGGCACAUGGUGAGACUACGGGAGCUCCAUGGACUAGAGAUCUUGCAUUCCUGUAUAAAGCUCAUCGCCUGACCAACCCCCAUGUAGGCACCAGCUAACACACACACACACACACACACAGCCCUCUACAAGCCCCAGCUUUACUGCAGGGCUGCCUACUGCUGAGUGAGUUGUUUCUUAAGCAGAGUAAGUCUGGACCCAGAGGUAGACUCUCCAGGCUCACUCAUAAACACACACACACACACACACACACACACACACACACACACACACACACACAGCCCUCUACAAGCCCCAGCUCUACUGCAGGGCUGCCUACUGCUGAGUGAGUUGUUUCUUAAGCAGAGUAAGUCUGGACCCAGAGGUGGACUCUCUAGGCUCACUCAUAAACACACACACACACACACACACACACACACACACACACACACACACAGUAUACUCCAAUACUGAACCUGACCUGACUCCAACUCUGCAGAUUCAUCUUCAGAAAGAAUAAAACAAUGCGAAGAUCAGAUCACAGAGCUGUGGCAGAGAUGGAUCUCAUUCCAAUUCUCACCAUCUCCGUGCCGGGUUAGAGCUGUAUUCCUUUUGUUACUGUGUUUUCCUUUGGUUCUUUUUGCUUUACUGGAAAUGCACACAAAUAAAAAUGUCUUCUGAGGAGAAA